AUGAUAAUUGUAACGUCGAUGAAGGUUGAAACGAAAGUGAACAAAAAUUCCAAAUUUUGGCUGUUUUAUACCUACUCGAGGGUUAAAUUCUUUUCUGUGAAUACACAUCACAACCAACAAAAUGGCUCAGCGACCGCUCGCAAGUUCACUGGAGGAAAGGCUCCUCGCAAGCAGUUGGCAACGAAGGCCGCUCGCAAGACCGCUCCAGCCAGCGGAGGAGUAAAGAAGCCCCAUCGCUACCGGCCAGGCACCGUCGCCUUGCGUGAGAUCCGUCGCUAUCAAAAAUCAACCGAACUGCUGAUCCGAAAGUUGCCUUUCCAACGUCUGGUCCGUGAAAUUGCCCAGGACUUCAAAACCGAUCUGCGCUUCCAGAGCUCAGCUGUUAUGGCUCUGCAGGAAGCUAGCGAGGCCUAUCUGGUCGGUCUGUUCGAGGAUACCAAUCUGUGUGCCAUCCACGCCAAGCGCGUCACUAUCAUGCCGAAGGACAUCCAGCUGGCUCGUCGUAUUCGUGGAGAACGCGCUUAA